GAAGCUGAGCUGCUGGGUAGGGGGAUGGGAUUAAUCAAGUGGCCUGGGUGGGGUCGGACCCUUCUGCCACUCAGGGUUUGGCAUCUCUGGCUGAUCCCUGUACCCAGGUACUGCUGGGUACAAUGCUCCAGGCCCACUGCCUGGGCUCACAGCCUCGUUUCCAGGGGGUUGGGUGGUGCUCCAAGCCUCAGUUUCCCCACUGUGGAGGGGAUGCUGCUGGAGGGAUGAGGAUCAUAGAGCACAGCCUGGCAGCUUCUGUGCCCGCUGUCCCUGCGGACCUGGGCUGUGGGACGGGCAGGCUUCCCCAUCAGGGCAGGGCCUGCCAGGGGCACAGCACCCUCACAUGCCCACACUGGGGGCUCCGUGGCUCUGGCUCCGUGGUGCUGCCUGCACCUCUCAGGGCUGGAAGCUGCCUGUCCCGCCAGCCUUUGGUUUCUAUCUCAGUCAUCCCUGCCCUGGAGCACAGACCUCCCACUGAGGGAGCAUCCCCACAGAGGGCCAGAGGGCAGACAGCGGCAGCCUUGAGAGCCCCAGGAGAAGCAGAUGUGGAUUCCUGCUGUGAUGCCACCAAGGACUGUUCUGGAAGAGGAUGCCCACUGGUGAGUGAGACACAGAAUUCUGGAAGGUUCUUUGUCUCUGACUGUGGGGGUGAGUCCUCUGUUGGCCUCCCCGGUGAGAUCUGGAAACCAGCAGGACUCAGGACGGCCAGGCAGGCUGAGCGAUGCCCAGUUCCGGCUGUCCCCGGGAAUGUCUUCUGUGUUGGAAAUGACCCAGGAGAGGCUCAGGCCUCAGGGCCAGACAGGCCAGGGACCACCGGGGCAGGGACAGUGCACAGGGCCACCCCCCGUUCCUGUUGUACUCAGACAUGGGGGUCUCUCAGGGUCCAGACAUGUGGCCCAGCCUUGAGGGAGGGGCUUCCAGGACCGCUGGCCGGACAGCUGCUGAUGGUGCUGUGGGGUCGACUCUGUCCCCAUCUGGAUCGGUGUUGGAGGGCGGCAGCGGUGCGGACCCCUCGCAGCCAGGUCUGGCUGACCUUUAGGGUGACCUGGCCAUCUGUUUCCUGGUCUCUGGGGCUGGUGGACUGGAGCCUAGCAUGGCCACUCGUGGGUCUGUCUGUCAUGCCUGCUGCCCUGUGGGUUUGGGUCAUGUCUUGUACUGCUUUGGCAGCCACCACACCUGUGGUGCUGUGACCCCGAUAAAACAUCCUGUGACGAAGGCACGCGGCGGUCCCCCGCAGGGAGGGCUGUGGCAGGAGGCUCCCAGGGAUGGGUUUUUGAUGGACUCCGUGACACUGUGGUCAUAAUAAUCACUCCAGUACCACAGUGACACAGACCUCACUCCAAACCCACCCAGGCCUGGGGAAACCCAGGAUGUCCAGGGCUGACCUGAGGAGGCAGCAAGGCCCCGAGGGGAGGCUGUGGGCCCAGCGCUCUCAGGUCUGCUGUGAGGACACUCGGGUCUGCCCCUCGCUUAGGUGGACAGUGUCCGUGGCCACCUGUGUCCUGGGGUUCCUCCUCAGUCUUGCGUCAGUCGCUACCCGCCCCGUUGCCAUGUCCUUUCGGGUUCCUAAAUUGCCCACAAGUCACACAGGCAUCGCUCUGGGGCUUUUUAUGUUCCCAGGGAACCAGGUGCCUCCACCCAGAAAGGUCAGAUGUAGGAGAGUUCCAGAGUCAUUUCCCAACCCUGGAUGGACCCCUGCAGCCUCAGUGCUACUCAGGUUCCAGCCAGACCUGGAGCAUGUGCAGGUGAGGCCCCAGGCAAGGUGAAUCCCAGGCCAGGUGAGGUCCAGGCCAGUGAGGCCCCAGGCAAGGUGAAUCCCAGGCCAGGUGAGGUCCAGGUCAGUGAGGCCCAGGUCAGGUGAUGUCCAGGCCAGGUAAGGUCCUAGCCAGGUGAGGCCCAGGACAGGUGAGGCCAAGGUCAGCUUAAGCCCAUGUCAGGUGAGGCCCAAGCCACGUGAGGUCCAGGUCAGGGGAGGCCAGGUGGACUUGUGAGGCUUCUGUAGUUUACCUCGGUGCCGAGCCUUUCUGGUGUCCCUGCCCCUCCUCCCAGCCCCCGCUCUGUGCCUGCCAGAUGGCAGCCACUGCCCAGGUGGUGCUGGCUGUGGAGGAGCUGGGCUCUGCCUCCCUGUGCAUGAGCGUCCCUCUCAGGCUCUGGCGGGGGAGUGUGGCUGAGUUGCUUCUCUCCAGAAUGCACCGACUGUGCCAUCCU